AAGGCGCACUGUCGUAAAUACUCACAUGGAGACAUGAAACAUGGCUGCCUCACACUUUGUUUUAAAUUAAUGCACUUGUAGCGUCGCUUGCUACAUUGACAAUAAUUGUCGAUGUGUUUCCUCUCCGCUGUCAUUUGUAGAGGAGAAAAAACUGUAAAUGCUGUCCUGAAAAAUAAACGGCUCGUCCUGGCGUCAGACUGACAGCUCAGGCAGGUUGUUGGACCACAGGUGGUGUGUCUGUAUAUCUGUGUGUGUGUGUGUGAGGGAGUGAGUACUGGCUGCAUCAUGUUUGUGCUGGUGGAGAUGGUGGACACUGUCAGGAUCCCUCCGUGGAACUUCCAGAGACAACUCAACGAGGCCAUAGCCGAGGAGCUCAACAAGAAACUGGCCAACAAGGUGGUCUACAACGUUGGCCUCUGCAUCUGCUUGUACGACAUCACUAAACUGGAAGAUUCCUAUAUAUUCCCAGGGGAUGGAGCCUCACACACUAAAGUUCAUUUCAGGUAUGUUGUUUUUCACCCUUUCCUCGAUGAGAUCCUGGUCGGCAAGAUCAAGUACUGCAGUCAGGAGGGAGUUCAUGUGACGAUGGGUUUCUUUGACGACAUCCUCAUUCCACCAGAGUCACUUCAACAGCCUGCAAAGUUUGACGAAGCAGAACAAGUUUGGCUUUGGGAGUACGAGACGGAUGAGGGGGCCCACGACCUCUACAUGGACCAAGGAGAGGAGAUCCGUUUUCGGGUGACGGAUGAGGUCUUUGUGGAUACGUCGCCGACAGGCCCGGCCACCGCAGCGACGGACACGCCGGCUCAACCGGGGCAGUCGACGGCGCCACCAGCAGAGGACAGCGGGCAGAAGAAAGAGGCGCCAUACACUCUGAUUGGGACCAUCUGUGAGCCGGGGCUGGGGCUGCUGUCAUGGUGGAACAGUUAGCACUGCAGAGGGAGGACAGGAAAUCUGAGUGUUAGGAACAGACUGCCCAUCUUGACAGAGGGACGGUCAGCUGGAGACACACAACCCUGCCUUUUCCGUGCAGAAGUAAAGAGACAAAGUGGAGCUGCUUUCUGAACCAAGAUACUGUUGGUGUAGAGGUGACUCAUGUAACCUGUCAUACUGAGACUGACUGUUUAGUAAACACUGCCCUUAAAAUACCAGCUCCGUGUAUAUCUAAUAACAGAAAGAUUGAUGAACUUUCACAUUCAGUUGAUAUAUUUCACAUGAGAUUUUGACACCCUCCCCCCCAAAUCAAAAGAAAACAAGAAUGAUGUUAUUAAUUAUUUGACUUUAGUUUGAUGGACGGACACAAAAUCUCUUUAAUGGUUCAAAGUAGGUGCUUCUUAAAACUCCGUCAUUUAUCAGGGAUGAAUAAAUUAUAUGUACUUGUGGGACCUCUGAGUUUAAAGGUGAGAGAAAUAAGGCAGCUGCAUUUUUGUUGAUAUAAAGAUUUGAGGUAACAUGGCAGCAAUAAAAAUGUUUUUUUCAGUUGGGGUCAAAUUUGUUCAACAUAGUUUAUUUUAAAUAUUACAUCUACCAAGCGCUGGACAGUAUUGAAAGUUAUUAGGAUAAAUCAUGGUCAAAUUAUCAUUUCUUUCAAGUUUAAAAGCAGAUUUUUGCUCCUGAGUGAAAGUUGGAGAAACCAUUUGGUUAAUUAUGGCUUGAAAUUAUUCCUUAUGGUCAGAACAUGACAAACACUCAACAAACAUUUCACAAGUCAGAGGUUAGGUUAGAUUAUGAUAAAAUCUAAAAAAACUAAAACCUAACUUGGGCAAUUCAUACCUCUAUUCCUGUGACAUGAUUGGCAGUUCAUGAUUCAUUUCUGUGAAUGCCAUCUGAGCAUGGAAAUUAAUUAGAUCAAAAAUUUGUUGACCAUUUGUUAUGUUUCUAUCAUGUAGUAUUAUAUCAUAAUUUUAUAUGUUAAUAUUAAAUUAUAUCACAAUCAUUUUUAUACCCCAUGUAUUUGUGCAUAUAUCUGCAGUUUAUUUAACAGCCUGGUGAUCUAAUAUUUGAUGUAUCAUCAGCGUGAGUGCAUGUGAUCUGAGAAUUUAUCAUUUUGUGUGAUUAUAGAAGUAUGUGAAAAAGGAUUAGUCUUUAAAUCCCACAGUUUGACGGGCAGUGAAGGACAGAGUCCUGUUUGUUUACGACAGAUCUGCCCUCUGCACUCUUAGCGUCCGUCCCUGUUAGUUUUCAGCUCCUGCAACACACACUUGUGUUUGUUGUUGAAUCAGAAAUGUAGUGUUUCAUGUGACAACUGCAUGGCCAGUUGAUGUUUGUCUCUGCUGUCUAUUGUGAAACUAGGUCAGACUGUAUGGAGUUUUUAAUCAGCAAAAAUAGAUGGGUUGCAUGUGACCCUGCCUGCAGAGAUCCUGCCAACAGAAAGCUCAGUUUAAGAUGAUUUAUUUACCAUGUUAAUAUCUACUUUUACUGCAGAGUAUCACAUACAGAUCAUGUGGAUGUGACUGCUCUCUGGACACACUGGAUUAAAACAGUUUUUGUUGGUUUUCA